UGGUUCUCAAAAAACGAGUGGCUCUCUUCUUGACCCGAAUAAUAAUCCCAACGAAGAUCAAGUGAAAACCACACCAUCGAAUUCCAGAUGGAUUCUUCUCAAUCUCCCACCAGCAUCCAUGGCCGCCACACUCUCCCUCUCUAGUUCUUCAUUCUUGCACCACUGCGCAAAACCCACUUCAAGAAUCUGCCUCAGCUUCAAAGCCAAAGCCUCUUUAUCAACUUCUUCUUCGUCCAUGGCAACCACAGCAGAGAAGGUCGCUCCCGCUAUUAUAGUGGGCGGUGGCCGUGUGGGAAAAGCUCUUCAGGACAUGGGCAGUGGCGAUGAUGUCCUAGUAAAGAGAGGGGAGCCCGUGCCGCUUGAUUUCCCCGGGCCCAUUUUAGUGUGUACCCGCAAUGAUGAUCUGGAUGCGGUGCUUGAAUCAACCCCUAAUUCGCGCUGGAGCGAUUUGGUGUUUUUCCAGAACGGAAUGCUGGAGCCGUGGUUUGAAAGUAAAGGCCUAGGUGACGCUGAUCAAGUUUUGGCAUAUUUUGCGGUGUCAAAGCUUGGUGAACCUCCUAUAGAUGGAAUAACCGACACCAAUCCUGAGGGUUUGACAGCUGCGUAUGGGAAGUGGGCAUCUGCAGUUGCCGGAAGAUUGCGUGCUGGAGGCCUGUCUUGCAAGGUACUUGAAAAAGAUGCAUUUCAGAAGCAAAUGCUUGAGAAGCUUAUAUGGAUAUGUGCUUUCAUGCUUGUUGGAGCCCGUCAUCCUGGAGCAACUGUAGGUGUUGUUGAGAAGGAAUAUCGUUCUGAGGUGUCUGCCCUUAUAGCAGAACUUGCUGGAGCUGCAGCUGCAGAGAAAGGUAUAGUCUUUGAAGGAGCAAUGGAGGAAAGAUUGUGUGCUUAUUCACGGGCAGUCGCUCACUUCCCUACAGCAGUUAAGGAGUUCAAAUGGAGGAAUGGAUGGUUCUAUUCGCUGUCGCAGAAAGCAAUUGCUCAAGGCAAAGACGAUCCGUGCCCCUUGCACACAGCAUGGCUCAAAGAACUGAAGAUAGUGUAAAACAUUCAUGAAGCACGAUUGUGGAUUUGAACUCAUACUUGUGAAAUAAAUAGCUAAACAUUUUUUGAACAUGACACUCCCUUCUUGUUCAUUUGCCACCAUUUUCACAAUGUAACCACUGUUCAUUGCGCUUCCUGGUUUGUCUUUGAUGCAAGUGUUAUUAUUCCCUUCCUUGCAUGCCAUGUCUUUGCACAACUGUUGUAAAAAAUCUAAUAGGAAUCCAUUAUAUACACAUAUAUAUAUGUACUAUUAAUUACUAGAAUAUUAACUAUUACAAUAGAAUCCUAGCUCACAACACAACUACUGCAAUUAUGGUGUAGUUUGUUAAAAAUAAAAUAAAAUUGUGAUGGAUACUCGUAAAUUAGAUAAGUUUCUUGAACUUACAACUUCUCUAUAGUGUUUACGGAAUGUUUCUAAGAAGUCUUCUAAUACUUAAAGACUAGAAAAUACACCUUCAAAACGAGAUGCAAAAAUUCAGAAAGGCAUACUUUACAUGUAAGGCAUACUGGUUGCCAUAUACUCUUUCCUUUGUGGCAUAUACACUUAAAAAGUACUUAAAACAACUCAGACACUAACUCCCAAGACAUAGGGCAAAAGAAAACAACUACUAAAGACUGGAGAAUGCUUGAUGUGCUAGAAGAAUUUCAGCUUUCCUUUGGCUACAGAUGCUUUUGCCAGCUCAAAAUGACAUGAUGCCUUCUGGGACCCUGUCAAUCCAGAGCAUGCAUUACCAGCCCCAAGAGUCACGGCAAAGUAGAGAUAAAUAGUGCACAGGAAAGCAAGGAGAGCAAAAGCAGUCAGAAGAAAU